AGUCCAGAUGAUCCACGUGUCCCAGAUCUCCAACAUCAGAACGAUCUAGGUUUUCCUGUGUCUCUUCUUCCCUCUUCGCUACUACUGUAUUCUGCUGGGUUUCUUACCGAGGACGCUAUGCCUGUGAACCUAGGUCUCUUUGCCAUGCUUCUGCCGCCAUUAAAUCCAGUCGUUGCAUGUUCUGUUACCUUCUCGCUAGCAUAAAGUCGUUCCUGGUUUGGUGACCGAGAUCAAGGAUUUGUGCACGGCAGAAGGUAAUUUAAAAUAGGGAAAAGGAUCAGAGGUGCAGUUUCUGGUUUGUGACAAUCAGUACUGUUGAAGAACCUGAGAAGGCUGUUGAGAUGUUGAACCGAUAGUUGGAUAUUUUCAAUCCUAUGAUUGGUAAUGCAGCUAAUGCUCUUCUGCAUGAUUUUGAGGCAUGCAAUGGCAUUGAGGAAGUCGCUAUGCUCAUAAAAGACAAACAAAUACAAGAGAAUUGGAGCUGGAAGAGAGAAAGAGAAAGUAGUGGGUGAAGCAAAAGCGGGGUAAGAAAUGGAGAGCAGUGAAGAAGAAGACGACUUCCCAUCCAUCGAAUCCGUCACUCCGCAGUCCAAAAUCGACACCAUUUACCAGUCCAACACUGAAAAGGGAAUCAGGAAACUCUGUUUUGAGCUUUUGGAUUUAAAGGAUGCAGUGGAGAACUUGUGUGGAAAUACUCGCACAAAAUACCUGGCUUUCUUGAGGCUAUCUGAAGAAGUGGUGGAAACGGAGCAUGAGUUGAAUGAUCUACGAAAGCUUAUUUCUGCUCAAGGUAUCCUUGUGCAUGAUUUGAAGAGUGGUGUAUGCUGUGAAUUGGAUGAGUGGAACCAAGUUAUUGGUGACAUCCGGGAAACUGAGCAAAACCAGGAAAAUUCUAAACUUGAGGAUCCCUUGCCAAAUGAAGCAGAAGAUCACAAAAGGAUAUUUUUGGAGAAUGUUGAUGUUCUCUUGGCUGAGCACAAAGUGGAAGAAGCAUUGGAGGCAUUGGACAUUGAAGAGACAAGUCACCCAGAGCUGAAAGGCUCAGGAGAUACUUCAUCUGCUGAACCCUCGUCGUACAAGUCCGCCUUUCUGAAAAGAAAGGCAAUGGUUGAGGAUCAGCUAGUUGAGAUCACUGAACAACCCUUGGUUGGUAUUCUUGAACUGAAGAAGGCUUUAUCUGGCUUAGUAAAGCUUGGAAAAAGCGCUUUGGCUAAUCAGUUACUGUUGAAAUCUCAUGGAUCGCGGCUUCAAAGAAACAUCGAGGCUUUUCUUCCAUUUUGCCCUAGUUACCUGGAAACAUAUUCAGCCACAUUAUCGAACCUUGUGUUUUCGGCGAUCUCAUUGACAUCAAAGGACUCUAGCUUGGUGUUUGGCGACAAUCCUACUUAUACAAAUAGAGUCAUUCAAUGGGCAGAAUGUGAAAUUGAAUCUUUUGUACGGUCGGUUAAGGAGAAUGCUCUUCCUUCUGAGACGGUUUAUGCUUUGCGUGCAGCCAGUAUUUGUGUUCAGGCCAGUCUUAGUCACUGUUCUGCAUUGGAAUCGCAAGGCCUAAAACUCUCAAAGUUGCUUUUGGUGCUUUUGCAACCAUACAUUGAUGAAGUCAUGGAGUUGAAUUUUAGACGGGCUAGAAGACAAGUUCUUGACUUUGCUGAAACAGAUGAGAGCUUGCCACUGUCACCUCGCUUUGCCUCUCCACUUUCUAUUUUUGCAACAUCAUCUGAUAACUUUCUCAUCGGUUGUGGAAUGAGGUUCAUUUUCAUCAUCAAAGAGAUCGUAGAGCAGUUAACUCCCCUUGUCAUUUUUCACUUUGGAGUGAACAUCCUGACCAGAAUUUCACAUCUAUUUGACAAGUAUGUGGAUUCUUUGAUUAAAGCGUUACCUAGCCAUUCUGAAGAUGACAAUCUUACAGACUUGAAAGAAGCUCUACCUUUUAGAGCAGAGACGGACUCUGAACAGCUUGCGCUAUUGGGAACAGCGUAUACUGUUGCGGACGAGCUAUUACCAAUGGCUGUGUCCAGAAUUUUGAGUGCACUUAAUGAAAGCAAGGAAGCAGGGACUGGAGUAGGUGAUAACAUCAUUGCCACAUCAAGUAGUACUAUAGAACUCAAGGAUUGGAGGCGCCAUCUUCAACAUUCACUGGACAAGCUCAGAGAUCACUUCUGUCAACAAUAUGUUUUGAGUUUCAUUUACAACAGAGAUGGGAAAACGCGUUUAGCUGCACAGAUUUAUUUAACUGGUGAAGGAAAGGAUCUGUUCUGGGAUUCUGAUCCUCUGCCUUCACUACCCUUCCAGGCACUAUUUGGGAAGCUGCAACAGUUAGCAACUGUGGCUGGAGAUGUGUUGGUCGGGAGAGAGAAAAUACAGAAAACUUUGCUUGCCAGGCUAACAUUGACUGUGGUUAUGUGGUUAUCUGAUGAACAGGAGUUCUGGGGUGUGUUAGAGGACCAGUCUGCACCUCUUCAGGCAUCAGGGCUGCAGCAGUUAAUUCUAGACAUGCACUUCACUGUUGAAAUAGCGCGUUUUGCGGGUUACCCAUCACGACAGAUCCAUCAGAUGGCAUCUGCCAUAAUAGCUCGCGCAAUUCAGACCUUCUCCGCCAGGGGCAUAGAUCCACAAAGUGCACUUCCCGAGGACGAAUGGUUUGUUGAGACUGCCAAAACAGCUAUAAACAAGCUUCUACAGGGAGCCUCCGGUUCGGACGGAUCGGACAUUGAGGAAGAACACCUCAUGAUGAUGCAUGAUGAUGGACAGAUGAUGAUGAUGAUGAGUGAUGGUGGUCACAUCUUGAUGAAUGAUGAGGACAUCUCUGAUUCUGAUGACUCUCCUUCUUCCCUUUCAACACUUGGUUCCCUCGAGUCAUUUGUUUCUGCAGAGAUGGGUGAACUUGAAAGUCCUGGUUACCUAACGGAUCCUGAAAGCUGAAAGCAUUGGAUAAAUUCAUGUCUAAUAGAGAGAUUUGUAUGUUCGUAUGCUAGGGAAUAUGCAGUUAAAGAGUUAGUUUGGUUAUCGCUGUUGUAGUUUGUAUAUUUAAGAUGUUCUCUACUAGUACUACGUGUUUAUCAUAUUUUAGUACUUCAUGGUAGAACUGAGAAGAGCAUGUCUUGGAAAUUUAGUUAGGGGGCUGUUACCUCCUUGUAGAUCAAGCAAUUUUUAGCAAAAAUAAAUAAAAAUCAUGUCAAUUGGCUGAAA